AUGCUUUGCGAUUUAGGAUAUCUCAACCAAUUUUCUGACCUUGUGAACUUUAAACUAUAUUUUUUUCCCACCUCUACAGGCCGUGCUGCUAAUACUGUCCAAAAGAGCUGUCUCUCGGACUCCACUCUUGCCACCAGCGAUUCGGUCAUUUCUGGCUCUGAGUCCUGCCGUCAGCUGGUUGUGAUGAAGCAAGAGCCCGGCGUUGGCCUCCUCGAUCCCGCCAAUACUCUCCUUUUUGCUCUGCCUCCUGGACAUUCCUCCUGCUUCCUGUCCACCAUGCCGCUGUCCCGCCUGCCACCACCCCUCCAGCCUGUGGUCGCAACAGCGCCCCUUAAACAAACACCUGUACCUCCUUCCGCCACUGGGUCAUCUAACGCUUGCCUCUCUCUGGGUGCAUCUUGGGAUCCCCACGAUCUGCUUCUCGACCCGGCAGGUCUUAAACUAGAACCAAUUGAAGGUCAUUUUCCCAUAGAACGAUCCAGCUCCAAUUUGUCAUCGAGCGCCAGUUUGCCUUUAGAAGCUUCUCUAAACCAAUUUUCUCCAGUAUCUACAUAUCUUAUUCCCUCCUCUUCCUCCUCUCUUCCUAUUCAUCACGCCUCUUCCACCUCUCUUUCAAGCCCAGUUGAACUGGGAGUUAGUCCAUCCUCAGGCUUCUCUUCGCACUCACAAUUCCCUUUGCCACAAGCCCAAUCUGCUCUACACUUCUCGAUGCCACAAACGAAAACCGUAAACUCCAUCUCCGGCCAAUUGACUGCCACAAACAGACAACUUAUUUCUGUAAAGCCUGAACUCGAGGCGGCCUCUGACUCGGGGUUGUUUGGUCUAGAAUGUGUAGGCGCUUGCACCAAUACUACCGGCAUCGGGCCUGUUGCUGCCAACGCAUUGAAUACUUCGCCUGCCCAUCCUUUUGCCGGUCCUUCUUCCUUUCCUGUGAAGCCAAUGCCCCAGGCCUGUGGCCCCUCCAGCCCAACUUCCAUAGAAACUCCCUCUCUGACUCCUCUCCCCAAUAGAUAG